AUGGUCCGCGAACGUAGCCACUCCAUCUGCGUCGACGUCCACCCUAUCUUCGACGCCCCCGAUGCUCGCCUCGCUAUCGACUCUAUUCCUCUCACCAUCGCCGACCUCACCUUCCCGUCUUUUGAGCGUUCCAUGAAGAGUCUCCGCCGAAGCGACAGUACUGGUAGCCAGGCUACCAUCAAGCCGACCCCAAAGCAGAGACAGGCGUGGGAGAUGAUGGUGUUGAAGCAGAAGGUGAUGGAGACGGAGGCGACUCCGAAGGCUGAGAGGAAGGAGUUUGAUUUCACUCCUGUCGAGAUACCAGCCGAGAAGGAGGCCAGUCCUUCCGUCAAGUGGCCCGCCGAUUCGGUGCUCAUCGACCUUUCCGACGAUGCUUCCUACGACCACGUACCCGAUGUGAAGGAGUACCUCCGCCUGGUCGGCUUCACAAUCAUGCAAGCCACUUUCACCAACAUCGCUACAAUCGACCCAGAGAGGCGUUUCGACAUCUCGGCCCUCACUGGAGACGAACUGGUCCAGGUCGGGCGGGAGAAGCUCGCCAAUGCUCAGCGCCGAGGGGAAGGCAUUUUCGCAGCCUAUCCCAAAGUUUCCGAUAUCUCCAUCCCCACCAACUUUCCUCCUUGGGCCGCGCUGCUCCGACGCAACCUCCACUCCAUCGCCGAAGCCGUCCGUCCCAAAUUCGAGGAGAAAGAUGAAGCAUUUGCUCCCAUCUCUGGCCGCAGCGCCCUUGGCCGUAAGAAGGUUCGAAGUCUGCAGAAGAAACGGGUGGUCAGCGGGGAAGUCGGGGCGAGGUGGAGCAUGGGUGGAAAAUUGGAUAGGGAUGUUCUUUUGAGGCCUGGGGAAGAUGGGCCUUGUGAACGUAUGAUCAAGACCAAUAUCCGCAUACCGAUCCCUUCUUCUCUCUCUCACCUCGAACCCGGGUCUUCGGAAUACCGCCGCCUGAUCGCUACCCUGUACAGGAUCGACUCACACCCCGCGGCACUCGCCUUGCGCCAUCGUACGAGUGUACUCAAAGUAUUGGUCAAGCGCAAGACCCUUCUUCUCGAUAGGGGAUUUGACGUCAGCUUCACGUUCGAUUAUCGCAAGGCUUACUUCCCCAGGGAUGGUGAGAAGAAAGCGAAAGGGGACCUUAAGGUGGAUCACGAUUGGAGCCAGUACUUGGAGAAUAUACCAAUUGUGGGGGAUUGGAGCCAGGCGGUGGAGAUGCGAUGUGCCCAGAAGGAUGGGAGGUAUGAGGCUUGGGAGAGAAUGAGGAGGGAGACGCUUUCUUCUCGUUAG